AUGACAGGACGCUGGGUUGUGCACAAGGGGGCCGCGGCGGGCGCGGCGCUGGGAGUGGGCCAGCACGUGUUCCUGCCUGGCGGCAACCUGCGCCUGGUGGCGGCCCUGGCAAAGGGCGUCCCAGUGCUGUACCGCUGCCAGGCCACCCUGGUCGAGUACGCGGAAGCCAGAGGGGUGGUCGUGCACACAGACACCGCCGGGCAGGUGGCGGCGGACGCGGCCAUUGUGACGGUGCCCCUGGGGGCCCUCAAGCGCGGCUGCCCCGCGUUCAGCCCGCCGCUGCCGCCGCGCAAGCUGGCGGCCAUCAAGCGGCUCGGGUUCGGCCUCCUCAACAAGGUCAUGAUGCUGUUCCCGCACUGCUUCUGGGGCGACCGCGACAUGUUUGGCGUCGUGCAGCCAGACCCGGCACGGCGCGGCGCCUACUACCUAUUCUAUGGCUACGAGGCCGUCUCGGGCGGCAGCGUCCUGGCCGCGCUGGUGGCGGGGCAGGCGGCGCACGAUAUAGAGGGCCUCGGGGAUGCUGAGGCGGUGGGGCAGGUGGGCGCUGGGGGGCGGGCAGGUUGUCAGGGCUGCCGGCGGCGCGUGGCGGGGGCCGGGGCGCGAGUCGGGAGCAGGAGUGCGGAGCAGGGUCGCGAUGGCGACGCACGCAAGGCACGCAAGCCCUCGACCGAUUAG